ACCAGGAUCAGACACGGAUUCAAUAACAAGAUUAUGGGUAGUUUUCAUCAUGACCCAUCAAGUCCGCGUAGGAUUUCCAUGACUGAGAUUAGAUAUAUUACACCAUAUUUGUGGACGACAAGUGGUCUUCAACUAAUGUUAGAUUACGAAAAGAGCGUGCUGGACUGCUUGUUGUGUGGAAAAAGCGGGAGUGCCCGAGGAAAGUCAACGGCCUUCGGCAAGUUAUUGGCGGGCUUUUCCACAUGUGACGUAUAGAUAUAUACACCAUAUUUGUGGACGACAAGUGGUCUUCAACUAACGUUAGAUUACGAAAAGAGCGUGCUGGACUGCUUGUUGUGUGGAAAAAGCGGGAGUGCCAGAGGAAAGUCAACGGCCUUCGUUUCAGUACAGCAGGCGAGAUGAUGAUGGGUGUGUGUAAGUUGGCUGUGUUGCUGUGUCUGAUCUGCCUCCCAGUAAGCUCUGGGAGUAUCAUUGACCGAUUGUUUCGGAGACGGGAAGUGACAGGCAGGCCAGAGUUCUGUGGGUCAUACCAGUGUCCUAACUUUACAGUUGUUUCGGCAGGAGAGGAUUACGAACUGCGCCAAUACGAGCCGACCACGUGGGUUGCCACAGCAAGAGGCAAUGGCUGGUUCUCAACGUUUUACAUGUACAUGCGCCUGGUGAAAUACACCGUGAGGGGAUACAACAGCUUAGAGUUGAGGAUGCCGAUGACCGUGCCCAUUGUGACAAAAAUCAGCACAACAGCUCCCGAGGAGAUGAUGUUCAUGCUGCCCGAGGACAGACAGAAAGACCCCCCGAUGCCGACGAACGCCCUCGUGUACAUCGUUAAGAUGCCAGCGCUUAAGGUCUAUGUCAGAACAUUCGGUGGUUUCGCUUCUGACUCGGACUACGACAAUGAGAUUCUGGCUCUGAAGUCCUCCCUGGGGUCGGACAAUCAGUACGAGCAGAACGUCGCUUACAAAGUCGGGUAUAAUAGUCCAUUCACAUGGUUUAACCGACACAACGAGGUCUGGCUGGUCGCAGCGUAGUGUACUACGCAUGUUCGAGAAUUGCCACUUACCAUUAUUCAUGAAUUCUUAAAACUUUAAUAUAAAUAUAACGUUAGUAAUGUUAAAUCCGGCAUUUUGGUAAAGAAGGGAAAGAAUUUGUAUUUUUUGAUAAACACAGUCUAAAGUGUUUGACAUUUAACACUCUACGCAAUGCUAAGAAAUUGUCACAAUCUAAAACUGUCAGAAUAUCAAAUCAGCACUUUAUAUCUUGUGUCCCGUACCUUCAUAAUCUGUUUCACGUUAUUAAUGUUAAAAAAGACCUUGUAAGCUAACAUAAUGUUGCUCGGGUGGUUUGUUAACAAUAGUGCUAGGCUCUAGUUCAGUUGAAUUGUUAUCUGUAGUGCUAUGCUAUAGUUCAGUUGAAUUGUUAACUGUAGUGCUAUGCUAUAGUUCAGUUGAAUUGUUAAAUGUAGUGCUAGGCUAUAGUUCAGUUGAAUUGUUAUCUGUAGUGCUAUUCUAUGGUUCAGUUGAAUUGUUAACUAUAAUGCUAGGUUAUAGUUCAGUUGGAUUGUUAACAAUAGUGCUAUGCUAUAGUUCAGUUGAAUUGUUAACUACAGUGCUAGGCUAUAGUUCAGUUGAAUUGUUAAAUGUAGUGAUAGGCUAUAGUUCAGUUGAAUUGUUAACUAUAAUGCUAGGCUAUAGUUCAGUUGAAUUGUUAACUAUAGUGCUAGGCUAUAGUUCAGUUGGAUUGUUAACUACAGCGCUAGGCUAUAGUUCAGUUGAAUUGUUAACUUUAGUGCUAGGCUAUAGUUCAAUUGAACUUGGGGCUUAUCAGGAGUUUAUUAGUAAAGUUUAUCAAUAAAUUUAAAAAAUAUACUUUUCCACAGAAAAUGUGUUUUUUUCCUGAAAUGAUUUUGUAAUAAAGAGAUCAAUAUCUUCACAAAGAAUAUGAUUUCUUUGCACAGAAAAUGAGUUUUACAAGAAAAACUAUCUUGUUUUCAAACGGCGACAUUUUUUUCAAACAGGAAAACGUAUUUUACAAGUGAAUUUAUUUUUGGGGGGGAAAAUUUUCUACCGCGGUGGAAUUAUGUUUUCUCACCUCAGUAGAAACUGUUUUCACCACGAUGGAAAUAUUUCAACACUAUUUUCAAUAUUUCCUAUGAAAAAUAAUUUCUCAUGUAAAUAAAAUGUGUUCCUUUGGAUAAAAAAUAAUGUUCUGUGUAAAACAAUAUUUUCUGAAAAAUUCACUCAUUAACUUUCCUGACAAACCGUUGGAAAUUAGGCCAUACCAAUUGGUACAAGUAGGUGCAAAAGACAUCAGCAUGGAGAAAACAAACGAAUAUGAACUUAUGUGGCACUAAAAGGCCGUCGUAUGUUACUUAUGACUAUUAUUAAUGACAAUUAUUAUGUUGCGUAACAUUAUAAAAGUGUUAUCACUGACGUUUGCCAGCGUUUAAACAGUUUCAUCAUUUUAACCCUUCAUGUUAACAGUUUAACAUUUGUACUUUAAGAUUUUAAGUUUGAUUUUCCA